GGACAUUUAACGCAGUACGGCUUCCUCCAGGAUAAGACGCCUUCAUCGUACAUUCCAGCAGAUUUUUUACUUUCCAUUUGAAAUCCUCAAGAAGCCAUCUUGUCAACUACAUUUCCAUGCAUUGGGAGGCAGAGUAACGGGUGAGCCUCUAGACUGUAUGAGUUUGGUAGCGCUGACAUUUUCUCCUGGAUUGGUAAGCAGCCCAUCAGCUUACAUGACUAAGAAGCAGAAAACCAAGAGGAGUAAGAAGAGUAAGAAGAGUGCUGUUGCUAAGGAACUGGAAAAGCAAGACAAGAAAUUACUAGCUCUGCGACUCAAGCUUCGACGGCCAAGAGAGGAACUAGUCAGUCAAGGGAUUAUGCCUCCUUUAAAAGCUUCACCAGGAUUCCAUGAGCAGCGACAAAGACUAGAGAGAGCAAAGGUUGGAGACAGUUUACAGAGAAAGAUCCGCCUUCGGCCUGAGAAAUCACACCUUGUAAAUCAGCACAUAUUAGCAGAUACCCACGUGGAUCCUUUAGUGAAUGCUACUCAGCAGAGGUUAAAGAGAGCUCGUCUUGAACAAGAUCUUGACAGCAAGAUCAAGAAUAGACCUGGCCCUCUAGAGCUGAUAGAGGGCAACAUACUCAAGGCUGAAACUCUGGUUGAACAAGCUGUCAAAGAUGGCAAGGUGAAAUUCUUUAAGACAAACAGUCUUGAUUCCGAUGUUCCUUUUGAAUUUGAUGAGGACAGCCAAGAAGGAUUCAGUGAUGAAGCUUUGUCGCCCUCACAGUCCGAAGUCAGCCAGGCUGAGUCACAACUCAGCACUGGCAGCUUGCCAUCUACACACACUAUUACAUCUUAUGGAGAUAACUCUAAGAUUGCACAACUGCAUCAACAGCAACAACAACUGCAGCAACAUCAGCUGCAGCAGCAUCAGCAGCAGCAGCAGCAGCAGCGAUCAUCGGUUAAAAGUCCAUCCCAGGUGUUGUCACCGAGAGCUGGACAGACAUUUAUUGCCAUCAAGCAGGAGCCUGGUUUGAUUAGUCCUCCUCCUAUUACUAGUAACACAUUCACUCCAAUAACAGCCGUCUCUAAUAUCCAGUUAUCAUCAGGGAAGGUAACUCCUUCUCCAAGACAGCCACGUAAGAAGCAAACCAAGCGACCCAAACCAAAGGAGAUUAAGUUUCAUGAGUAUAAACCUCCUAAUGAGCAAUCUAAUAAGAUCACACAAGCUAGCACCGUCAGUAAUCCAUAUAACUUACUGCUCAUGCAGCAACAGCUGUAUCUACAACUGCAAUUAUUACAACAACAGCAGCUGAUUUUGCCUAACACUGCAAACCAGAAUAAAGCUACCACUUGUGCCUCGUCAUCCUCUACAUCAGUCACCUCUACUCAUACCACUUCCAACACUACUACAACAACAGCUGUAGCACCGGCUCCCUCUCCUGUCAAACAGCAGAUUGAUAUUAAGCCAAACAUCUCCACUACCGGCAAACCUCGAAUACUCUCCAAUCUUGAAGACAUGAAAGUGUCAGAACUCAAACUAGAGUUGAAAAACCGUGGACUUCAUGUAUCAGGCACAAAGCCUCAGUUGGUUGAGCGUUUAAAACCAUACGCUGAAUUAAACCCAAUAUCUACAGCUGUGACAUCCCCAACUGAAGCCAAUAUCCCGUCAGUAACAUCAAGUACUAGAGUGUCUAGUUCAACGGAUCUAGAUUUAGCAUUCAGUGAAUCAGCUAGUGCUGGGGGUUCUUUGAGUACUCCACCUAUAUCUCCUGAGUAUCGUUCCUUGUUGUCUGUUACUUCAGAGCCAAUGUCUCCAGGGAGCGCCUUUGAUCCAAUGUCGCCACCCACAUUCCAAGGAGUGUUGACCACACCUGUGUGUAGUCCUGAUACCGUCGGGGCUCAGAGCGCAUCUGGGCGUGAAGGCAGCCCAUUUGACCAAACACAGCUGGCAUUAGAUUCUCCUCUAUCACAACCUUCUCUUCCAGUCAGCUCAAGCAUCUUACCCAUGGACAUCAAUAAUGAAAACAGUAACCAGGACAUGAUGGAUGUAUCUAAUGAUAUGAAUUCUGGCAGUCAAAUCAGCUCGGAUAUCUUACUCCAACAGCAACUUAAAAUACAGGAGUUGGAACGAAUGCUUCAUCUCUCCCAAAUGCAGCUUCAACUACAGAUGCAGCAGCAACCUCCAUCGUCAGCAUUAACACCUUUAUCUAUGCCACAGCAAUCCCCUGGUGGUAAGCUCAAUGAAUCUCCUCAACAACUCCAACAAGAUGGCAAACCUGGCUUCAUGUUUCACAGCAAAGACUUUGCACAUACACUCAACCAACAACCAAAGGUGUUUUCAUUUGCCACACCACCACCCAAUGGGCAGCCGUUUCUAUUCAGUAAACAACCUACUAAUGAUGGCCAAACUAUUCCUCUACCUAAUGGCAUCAUUGCACCCAAGGCGACCUCCUUACCGAAUAGUCCUACUGAACGUAAUGCUCUGGGUAUUGGUACUGGCAUGACAAGAUCUGUCACUCAACCAACAUUUGCCAUUCCACCUCCUAACUAUGAGGAAGCGGUCAGACAGACAAAGGAAAGGAAGAGUCAAGGCAACAGUCCUUGUUCAGGGUCUCCAGUAGGAUCACCACCAAAAGGCAGUGAUGACAAGAGAAGUACCAAAUGCCAAGAUCUAGAUGACCUAUUAGAAGUCCUGGUGGAUCAUGGAUACCAAAUUCCUAUUACACCAAAGUUCCGCGAUGUACCACGCACAUUAAUGAACUCAUCGGCAGGCCUGACAACUGUAACACAAUCUAUUGUGCACGGCCGAGGAGGCUCUAUUGAUCUGAAGCUACCAGUACCUGGACCAUCUCCUCCUCCUGUAUCUCAUCAUGCCUACCCAGCUACAGAUCUACCCAUGGAAGUAGAUCCUACUGACUUAAAUAUUUCAGCUCUAGACCUUGGAGAUACGGCACACCUUGGUCAUGAGAGUCAUAGUCGCACUCAGUCAAUGCCUUUUGAUAUCCCAAUGACAACCAUGGAUAACUGUGAUGCAGAUACAACCAUGGCACUUAAUAGUGACUGUUUAGCAUCAGCCAAUACUGAAUCCGAUCUCAACUGGUUAGAUCUGGUUAUACCCGGUUCUAGUACUGGAUUACCAGCAGUUAAUACUGCUCCACCAACAUUCAGCAUGGAUGGAGCAUUUGGAGCUACAUUAGGCAAGGAUCCAUUCCCUCUUAACCUGUUGGAUUUGAAUGAUAUUAGUACACCUACUGAUCUUCAUCAUCUAGAGGAUGAUGUAUGGGAUAAUAUCCCUGUCACUGAAUGAGUCAAUAGGGAGGUGCAACUGCACGUUCCGCGAGAACGUGAAUGUCAGAAAACUGUGUCGUUAAAAUCUCACGUUUUUAGCAUAUGUGAAGUUACCAUUUGUCACGUCAGGUGCAAUAAGCCUGACGUCAGCCAGAAACAUUACAAAUUGUUCACGUUCAUGUAUUUGCUCGCGUAAUGUGCAGCUAAACCUCGCUAAUCUCAUCAACUCUGCAUCAACUCUUCAUCAACUGGGAUGAGUCAUAGAUACAAUGUGAUGUGAUUAUCUGUCAACCUUCUCCAAUCCAGACAUUCCUAGAUGAACUCAAACAGAUUCUCAUGUUACAUGUCAAUAGUUAACUUAUUGAUUUAUUGUAAUAACCCAAUCCCAAUGCCUCUUGUAUUGCUUGGUGUUGAAGAUCUACUGUGUUUAGAUACAACUCCUUGAAGACAUCAAACGGUAGUUGUCACCUUCCAAAUUUGCCAAUUUGUGAGUUGCCAUUUUGUUUGACAUGAAUUUUGCAAACUUGAGAUUAAGUUUGUCUCAGUACCAGGAAUGAGCUCAAUACCACACUUACUUGGCUGAUGUUGCUUACAAGUUGGAGCGUUUCGGCCCUACAGCCAGGCUUCUGAUGGAUGAUAUCCAAGCCUACAUCCGUAUGGACUGUAAAUGGGGUAACCAACAAAUAAAUUGUAGCCCACACCUUGAAGUGGCCUUCAGGCCUUAUGUGUCUGGCGACUUGCAUACAAUAUUUUUUGAAGUCCAUCAUUUGAACUUAAUUUGCUCACAUGAUGAGUGGUAUAACAUUCAUUGUGUACAAUGAAUUGUGACAGUGGAACAUGACGCCACUUUCCUGCCAAUCUGUUGUCAAGCAACAUUACAUAUGAUGGACACACACUGUCAGAAUGAGCGUUUCAAUUCAAGCCAUUAUGUCUGAAUUUGACUGUCAUUCAUCCAGUGUCUGGACAGUUACUUAUUGUCACAACUGAAUUAAUUCCAACAAGAGUCUUCAUUGUUGCUGAAAACUGCAGUUGGAUGGAGUUCCAUGCAGCUGCAGUCUGUGUAUAGUGUAUUAUAAAAGCUUCUUUUUGUUGAGCAAUUUUAUGAAUGGCGCCACUGUGGUUACACAACUAUGCAGCUUGCAUCAAAGCAUGAUUUGAUUGUGCAUCUCAAAUAUCAAGUAUUUAGCACAGUGACUGGCACCGUUGGUCUUAAAUAGUCUACAUGUAUAUAGAUGUAUAUAGGGAAAAAUAACAACAAAUUAACCAUAUGAUUCCUCUUUUUAUAAAGCACUUGAAAAGGUGCAUAUUUUUUUCUCAGCAAUGUAUAAAUUGAGCUAAGAUGAAAGCCCACGGAAUCCCUUAUUGAGGUCUGUGAUGGAGAGAUUUUGUUCACCAUUUUGUGACUUGAGUAAAUAUGAAAAAUACCCUGCGGUUUUGGUAUGGUGGCAAUUUCAUGGGUGCAUUUAUUUUCUAAUGUUUAUUUACUACUUUGAAUUAUAAAUUGUUUGUAUUGUACAGAAAUGUUGAAAAGAAAAAUUGUAAAGAUUUCAAAAAUACUCUUAUUGGCGAAGAAUUUAGAAAUGUAUAUUGUUUUGCUACAUUUGGGUCUAUUUUGCAAAAGUUGCAUUGUGUUAUUAUUUAUAAAAUAGAAUAAAAGUUUUGUUAUACAUAUAUAGUUUGUCUUUAAAUAUUUAUAGGCAAGGCAAUUGUUUGUUACGUAUUUUCUAAGUUGGAUGUAGUUUAAACAAGAUAUGACAAAUUGACAUAGCUUAAUUCACAUCUACAAAUAGUCUAACUAAAAUGAAGCAGUUUGAAAUGAAAGACACCUACUCUGAACAGCAAUAUGUGGUUAUCUUAGCUAUCUAGUUUCCAAUCUUCAAGCUGCUGUUAUUCACAGCCAAGUUACAAGCUGCUAAGAAUGGGUCUUGAGGUUAGUUUCAGAUGUAUCAUCACUCAAUUCAAGGGUGGCUUGGUUGGCUUGUGCUUAAAGCACUCGCCUCUCACCAAGGUGACCCUGGUUCGUAUCUGAGUUGAGUUGUGCGAUGGUUCUCUGCUGUGCCACAAGGGUUUUACAGACCAUCCGGUUUUUCUCUCUCAGAAUAAAUCAAACACUUUCGAUCUCUGGAUGGCUCCGUGGUCAUACUGAGUUGAUGUGGCUGGCAGCCAGAAGCGCCCUUGCAUGCCUGCUUCUCGAACACGUUGUAGCCGCGUCCUUCGCAAUUCAGCUCUUAGCUGCGAGUAAGGAUGAUUAGCCUCCCAAAUUAUUUCAAUUUCAAUGUUGAACUUUAUAACGCUGCACAGUAUGCUCAAUGUAAACUGAAGCUGCUAUAAGGUGCACCUCUAGCAAGCCUUAUAUGUGAACAAACUGAAAUAAGGAGUUCCGCACACUUUUCAAACUAAAACUGCACUUUUCCACACACUGCAUAUGAUGUGCUAUUUACAGCAUUUGUGUAUGUAUUGUUAUCAAAGAUUGUAGAGUGCUAAAGGCACAUGAAGGGGAACUUGAGCUUUAUUGGUUCUUAUUACAGAAUCAAAAUGUUUUGUUAUAUCAUAGAUAGCUUUGAUCUUUCUCUGCAACUGAUCUAAUAUUGCAUCAGAAGAUUUGCUUGCUAAAAUGGCGUCCAGAGCACAUUUUAGCAUGUGUUGCCCAUCUUGCACCCUUGGUACUCUAUAAAUCUUUGAUUAUAACUAACUGUCUAAAUUCGUUCACAUACAUCUCAACAUGGGUUUGAUGGGAGCUAGAGAAAACUCACAGUUAACAUCCAAGUCGGAAAACAUCAAUUGCCCAAUACCUCUUCACAGGGAAUUUUUUAUUUUUCUAACAAAAACAAAACACAAGGCCACUUUCUUUAAGAUUUCAAAGUAAGGAUAAUAUUGUGUUGAGUAUUUCAAUAAGAGUUGUCCUUAUAUACCAAACUAAUUGUGAUGUAAAUAAGAGUUGUCAAAGUGUUUGUCAGUCAUGCAGAGACAAGUUAUAAUUACAUCAAUGUUAAAUUAUUGUCAUUGUUUUUAAACUUGGCUUCUAAUAUAUGAAAUAAAAUGGACAAAUCCAGAUACAUGUAGAAGUUAUUAUUAUGCAAAUGUCUUAACCAUUGAUUUAAUCAAUCCAUAUGUGUGGAAUAUAUUGCAUCACACUCUAGUAAUACUGUUAAGGUACGUGGUCAUUUACAAGUUGGCUAAACAUCUGUACUUCAAUCAUAAUGCAAUAUUUUCCAUACUUUACUUUUAUACAUUACCUAUUCCAACUAAUAUAUUUUUUUUUUUUAAACAAAUCUUUGGCGAAUACACAAAUAUUUGUCGAUUUAUUAGGACAGCAUUGGUAAACUGAUAACAUGGUGAAUGUAUAGACCUUAAGCAUCUGAAGUUAGUAGACAAGGGUACCUCUUACUAAUGGGUUGCGUUGUGCAGACAUAGCAACCAUCAUGACUUUAUACCUCUAGUCUAAGAUGACAAAUGAUGACAUCCAUGCUUGGGGGGUAAAGCCAGGUUAAUAAGUAAAAUAAUCUGAAUGCAUUACUCUGAUGCGCAUCGUAUGAGAAUAUAGGUGCAGUUAUCUGUAUCUGUAUCUUUAUUCAUAUCACAUAGCUCCAUGAUAUCACAUGCUUGCAAAACCUCUCUAUUGUUCCCUCGUUCAUGCCCCCCAUCCACAAAAACAUUCACACAUAUGUUUGCCAUCCAAUGAACAGCAGUAAUAGUUGCAGUUCAGUAGAUGCUAAUAAAUCAUUGUAAAUUUUGUGGGUCUUUGGGCAUUUAACAUAUUUCUACUCAUUUAGAUAAUAAGAAUGUCAUGUUAAGGUUAAUAAAGAUGUCUGUAAUAAUUAAUGCUUAAUGUUCUGAUGACAUCAUAGAUGAUCAAGCAAGGUUUCAUCUUAGGCACAAAUAUCCAUUUGCGUCAUCUGCAAAUAUAUUCCUAGCUUUUGUCCUGUGUCAUUUGCAAAAUAGCGAGCAUUCCAUCCUCACCCACCGCCUUUUAUCUCAUGUUUCUUAAAACUCACUUCAGGAAUCAACUUUGUUUAGCACCAUAUCUGUAACUUCAAUGAAACUUUGAAUUUCCUGAUGUGUGUAUUUAUGUGAAACCUUUAUGGAUGACCUGUUGUUAGGGAAUAAAGGAUUAUGUAUCUAUUCCAAUUUUCUUAAGAUCUUGAAAGAAAUGAACAAUUGGAGUGAUUGAUAACUCCUAGAACACUCUACUUGGGUUUCAUUAAAACACCUUGCCACCUUGCUAGUCAUGUAUUUUAUGUAUAACACUGUAGUAAGUUAAGCAGCCAAUAAUUCCACAUUUGCCAGAACACAGAGCUUUAGAAGUCAUUUUGCUGAGUAAGGCAGUUUUGUUAAACUGGAUAAAGUUGUUAUUGUAUCAUCACAUUUCCUACUUGUAAUGACAUCAAUCUAAUAAAUGACUUGCUGUGUAUGUACCCAUA